AAGCAGCCGGAAGUCCGGUGGGCUCUAGCCGUCGAGAUGGAGGAGGGUGGAUACGAGUCGGUCCUCUGUGUCAAGCCGGAGGUACACGUCUACCGUAUCCCGCCGCGGGCCACCAACCGUGGCUACAGGGCCGCGGAGUGGCAGCUGGACCAGCCUUCAUGGAGUGGCCGGCUGCGGAUCACUGCAAAAGGGCAGGUGGCUUACAUCAAGCUGGAGGACAGGACCUCAGGGGAGCUCUUUGCUCAGGCACCCGUGGAUCAGUUUCCUGGCACAGCUGUGGAGAGCGUGACGGAUUCCAGCAGGUACUUUGUUAUCCGCAUCGAAGAUGGAAACGGACGACGGGCGUUUAUUGGAAUUGGCUUCGGGGACCGAGGUGAUGCCUUUGACUUCAACGUUGCAUUGCAGGACCAUUUCAAGUGGGUGAAACAGCAGUGUGAAUUUGCAAAACAAGCCCAGAAUCCAGACCAAGGCCCCAAAUUGGAUCUAGGCUUCAAGGAGGGCCAGACCAUCAAGAUCAACAUUGCAAACAUGAAGAAGAAGGAAGGAGCAGCCGGGACUCCCCGAGCCAGGCCUGCCAGCACAGGAGGGCUGAGCCUACUUCCUCCUCCCCCAGGGGGCAAAACCUCCACCCUGAUCCCUCCGCCUGGGGAGCCGUUGUCUGUGGGAGGGUCCCUCAGCCAGCCAGCAGUUGCUCCUGGUUCAGGAGGAGCCAAUGUAUCCUGGCCACAGCCCAAGCCUGCCACUGCUGCCACUGCCGAUGUCUGGGGCGACUUUACCACAUCCACAGGGUCAACUUCCAGCCAGACUCAGCCAGGCACCGGCUGGGUCCAAUUCUGAUCAGAGCACAACUCUUUUUCCUCAUACAACUUCUGGGAAAGAGCCGUCUCACCUGGGCCAAAAGAAGGAGGACGAAGCACUCCCUGGCUGG